UUGGGGGGUAUGUUUCAUUUUUGGUCGAAAAUCCCACUGCAGGGGGACACGCCCGACAUAAACAUAGGCACCAUGUCGCGCGAUUGGCACAGCGACGAGGCGUCGGUGGUCCUGCGGUCGCCUUCGGGGCCCGCAGUGUACAAGUGCGCCGGGGAGGCUGGAGUCACCGUCGGCCAGUUCCCGACAAUCGCUUGGGAUGGCAUAGCGGUGUUCAUGCGGGCAGGCGGUGCAGUGGAACAGUGCUUGCGCCACAUCGGGACGACCGUGUCGAUGGAGCAGAUCAUGUGGAUGUUUACUGGUAGCGACGGGCUUGGCGAGUCCUGCAAGAUGUGGAAGGACUUGGCAGGCAGCGGCGGCAGCCAUAAGUGCGUGGACGCGUGCAUCGAGCGAUGGGUCCCAGGUAACAAGAGCGGCACUCUCGAUGUCUUCGAGAAAGUGUUUAACCUCACGCUGGACAUCUCCAACAAGGAACUGUACAACGCGUCCGAGGAUGACUACGAGAUUAUCCAGGGAGUUUUGGGGAGCGAUCACGCCAUAGGUUUCGUCGGCUACAACUACUAUCAGAACUCCUCAGGGCUCCUCUCCCUGGUGCCGCUGGUGACCCAGAUUGAGCAAGCCUUCUGCAUGCUAACUGCUGAGGGGCGCUACCCCUUCUCGCGGCAGCUCUUCAUGAACGUGAACCUGGCCGCGUCAGCCAUGGCGUGGGAGCUUCUCGACUUCGGGCUCGGUGACAGAGGGCAGCAUCUAGUUGGAGACGCAGGCGCCUGCCGCUUGAGCGAUCGUGUAGUGCGGGACGCGAAGCGAUAUGUUACAUCACACUUCCACCCCGAUGAGUUCGAUGAACAGGAGGUGGAGGGUACCUUCGAGGUCUUCUACUUGUCUGUGACGGGGCUUCUGCUCGUCGGGUGCCUGUUUGGCUUGUGCCUUGCGAAAAUCACGUCGCUGGAGCGGGUCAGGCGCAGGAUGCCGUUGCGUUUCCGGAAGGCUGAAGCCCUCAGACCGUUGAUGGGAGACCAACGCCCGGAGAAAGCCAUGGAAGACGUCGUCAUAGGGAGGGCAUACGACGAUUCGCACGAGGACGGCAGAGUGGACCCGAACAUGCAGCUGGCGAGUAUGCUGGAUGCGUGCGGGCCGGAGGUCAGCGGCUACCUCUCCUGGAGAGACGUGCGCGGCCUGUGGGUCGCGGCCUCGCGGCUGGGCGACAAGCUCGAGAGGCAGACCUCGGUAAGCUCGGAGGAGCUGCUCAACAGCCUCCUGGACGAGGUGUGGUCGGCGAUGGACUCCGAGAGCCCGGCGGGCCGAGCGCUGCAGUUCUGGUUCAUGCAGGCGCCCUCGCUGCAGUGGUCCCUCACCCUCAGCGGGGAGGCCGUGGUGGCCCUCCUGUGGGCUCUGGGCGCCCUCGCGAGGCCCGCGGCCGUUUGCUGGCACGCCGAGCUGGCGGCCCUGAUCAUGCAGCGCCGCGCCGGCUUCUGGGUCAACCAACAGCUCGUCCGCACGCCGGACGACAGCCUUGGCAGGUUCGUGGUGGGCGGGAGGCUUCCAGAGCUGGCGACCUACGUGCGGUGGGCCUACGGCGGCGGGCACCUGGACCUUCGCGCCGCCGACCUGAUCCCCCUGCUCAUCGACCUCGACCCGAGCACCACGGCGCACCUGCCGGUGCCCCCGAUGCCCGCUCAGGCGCUGCGCUGCGCCAAGGGGCUGGCGGGCCUGGUGACGGUCGACGGGCGGUACUACUGCUUCCCGCACAGCGCCUGGGAGAGGAGCGGCCGCUCCGACACGAGGCCCUUCUCCGAGCUCGCGGCGGCGGCCGGCCCGCUCUCCGAGGAGCGCUCGAGCCCACCGCCGAGCGUCCUCGGCGACAUGGCCUCCAACAUGUCCGACCCGAGCUCCGCCCUCGAGCAGCCCGCCCCGGGCCCGCCGAGGAGCAGCCCCGCCCGCAGCCGCGCGGCGGCAGGCGCGGGCGCCGCCCCCGCGGGCGAGGCCCGCGUGCGCCGGGCGCCGAGCCGCGCGGCCGCCUCGCGGCCCGCGCUCAAGGGCACCCUCCCACACUGCAGUGGGGUCGCGCAGAGGGCGAACAUGUGGAGAGGCAUCGGCGUCAUCGCAUUCUAG